AUGUCGUCUGCGAGGAGCAGCCCCAACCUUGCGGUGGACGAUGAAUGGGCGUCUCCUGUGGACGCUGCCAAAGUGCCCGAUGCGCCUCACCUGGGGCCCCUGGAGCGCGGAACGUUUUCGCCAACGCGUCUGCCUGAGCCGGUGAGCAAGCUGGUGGAGAAAACACACCCCGAUGCGGACGUGCCGAAACGGCGCGCGUCGAACUACGACAUGUCUAGGACGCACACGAUGCGUCGCGAAAUGGCCAUCGUACUGGACUCGCUUGAAAAGAUGCCCAAGGAUGACCAGCUUGCAGGUCUUGGGAUCGUUAUGGCGAAUACCAAGUCGGAAAAGCGUACAGACGACAUGUCGGCCGUGCUGGAGGAUAUGCAGCAUCUCUCGCUCAAGAACAAGGGCGAGCCGAAGCGCAAGGUGUUUGGCGAGCGCAGUCUCAAUGCCCAACUGUCUGCCAUGAGCGUGUCUGAAAAAGAGUCCAAGACGACAUCGCUCGGAAAGGAGAUUGGCAAAGGGGGCUCCCAGUCGUCUCUGUUC